UGGCGUAUUAAGCCCCGCCUUCUCCGCUCUGCUGCACCAAUGGAGUGAGCGCGGCCUGGUUUCAUAACAAGCUGUGUCUGUCCCACCGUCCUUGCCUGUCAUGUCGGCUGCGUACCGGAUAGUGGUGGGCUCUCUGGCGAUCGCUGGCUGGACGGGGCUCGGCUGCUUACUGUGGGCGUAUAUCGCACCGAAGCAGGACCAGUUGUUAGACAUGCGGACGAAAGAAAUUAGGGAAAACCCGGUUAGGAUGGCCGAGCUGCGGAGUCAGAACGAGAUGGUGCUCAAAGUCCUGAAAGAGGCUGCAGAGACCCAUGUGAACAUCACCAGUAAUCCGCGCUGGAACUCAAGAUGAUGCCGUCCACCAGUGCUCCGGUUGUGCGCUUGUACAUGGUGAACGCUGGGCUCGCUACUCCUGCUGUUUUCAAUUUGUCUGUUGGGAUGUAAGGAAACCUACUGUAUUUGAACCCCAAGGGAGACUUUUCCUUAAUGGCUUCUGGAACCCAAGCCAUUAUAACGGUCUGCAGAGGAAAUCUCAAUACUGUACUGCCCAAUUCUGGAGACAGAAGCAUGAAAUGCCUAUAAAGGGUUCCACGAAUGCCCAUGCAGAGCUCUCGCCAGAACGAGAGAACAGCUUGCAAUCCCCUACGAAAGGUGGAAGCUCGUGCCACCCACUAUUUUAACCCUUAAUUAACUUUUUGAUUGUUUUUGGCAUUGGAUGUACUAUAGUAUAAUAUAUAGAGAUUAACGAAUUGCUUCGCAUGAAUCGAAUUUGUUUUAAAAAAAUCCGCCUUCUCCAGCAGUGAGAGGCUGGCCCUGCUGCGCAGGAGACUUUCUUUUUUUUCCCGCUCCCCCUUGACUGACAGGUCCUGGUAGCAGAAGCAGAGCCUCUGUGCUUGAACUGCUAUUCGGAGCAACAGCGCAGUCACGAGAUCGGCAGGCCAGGAAAGAUAUCUGGUGAAGGGGGUAGUGUCUUGAGCAGCAGGGUCAACCCCUUUUUGCUUAAAAGGGUUUUCCUGGAUUUUUAUAUUGAUGACCUAUUGUUAGGAUAGGUCAUCAAUAUAAGAUUGACGGGGGUCUGACUCCCGACACCCUUCCGAUCAGCUGUUUGAGGAAGUGGCAGCACUUACUGGAGCUCUGUGUGCUGUGGCCUCCUCACAGUUUACCAUGCACAGCGCCGUCCGUCGGAUGGGCCUGAGCUGUGCCUCCCUAGGCCAUACGACUGAUGAACAUGAUAUCACAUGACCUAGGAAUAGGCCUAAAUGCUCACAGAGCGCCACAGCUUCUUCAUAAGGGCUUAUGCACACAAACUUUUUUUUUUUGCGGCCAGUAUACGGAUCCGUUCACUUCAGUCGAUCUGCAUAAAACAAACGCUGUGCAUUCCGUGUCUGCAUGGCCAUUCCGCAAAAAAACAGUGUCCGUAUUACGGACAAGGAUAGGGCAUAUAGGCCGGACAUUCCGUUAUGCAAAAUGCGGAAUGCACACAACCUGCAUCCGUGUUUUGCGGAUCCGCAAUUUGCUUCCUGCAACACGGGCAACGUUUGUGUUCAUGAGCUCUAAGGCUGAUCAGGGAGUCAGAUGCCCGCUGAUGGGAGAUUGACUUAUCCUGCAGCUAGGCGCUCAGUAUGAAAAUCCCAGAGAACCCCUUUAAGAAGGCUAAUUUUUGAACAAAUUUUAUUUGUAUGAAUCGGUUUGCGCAUAUCUAAUGUAUUUAAUAAAAUUUACGUUAUUCACUG